CACAAAUCAAGUGCCACUGUUUUGUUUUUAUUUGUAAAACUUAAAAAAUUCGUAAUUUAGAGUAAUUAAAAUGUCUAGCAGCUGCGUGCAGCAGCAGCAAAAUGAUGAUGCCGAUUUGCUGGAUCAACUGGAUGACAGCGACAACGAAAUGAGCGACACAGUCGAAUUGGCAGAAGAAGAGGAAGACAAAGAGCGGCAGCUGCUAAUAGAGCCAACAUUUAGUUUUUCGAACAGCCAGACAUGCUGGGUAUGCAAUGGCUACUAUGGCCCCAAUUUUGGUGAGCCGCUUUGUGGUGCCUGCCACGCCUUUCUCUAUAAUGCACAAAGGGCGGAGGAGCUGUUGACGGAGCUGUCGGAUGACGAGGACUCGGGCAAUGAUGAGCCGCCGUUUAAGGACAAGCAAGAGGAUGAUGAAACUGAAAACGAUGCGGAUAUUAUGGGCUUUGAGGAUUUGGAAGAUGCAGCGCCUGCGGCGCCACAACAGCAACUGCAGCAACAACAACAGCAGCAGCAGCCGCCGCCGCCAGUGAACAAUGAACCAGAGUUGGAGCAGGAUCAGCAGCAGCCAGUACCACCAGCAGAGCCGGUGCCAGAACUGCCAGCACGUCGUGAUACACCUGAACGGGAUUAUGAACGUGAGCGAGCCUUGAAUCCAUUUUUAUUGCCUAUCAAGCGCCCACGGCCAGCAGCGCCCUUGGCACUUCCACAUUAUAUGCAGGAGCUAGAUGAAGGACGCGCACGUGCACAUGAAUAUAAUGGGAACGAUGCGGAUCAGGCUGAAAAGCAGAUAACACAGCUCAUACCUGUAGAGGUUAUGCUCAAAAUAUUUGCCUAUCUGGAUGACAUUUCUCUGUGGAUGGCCAGCGAAGUGUGCAAGCAGUGGCAGGACAUUAUAGCCAAGAAUACAGCACAAAGCAUGUGGAAAGCAUACAUUAAACAACGCUGGCCGUUGUAUGAGAGUUUGGCGGAUCAACCAGAUUAUUAUAAACUUUAUGGCGCCUUGAUGUGCAGCUGCUUUUGUCGCAUUUGUCUCAUCGAGCUGGGCAGUCAAUCACCGCCAGCGUUGGAGCAAGUGAAUGUUAUGCGCAAUAAUGUGCUGCGUGGUGAGGCACAUCUGCUGCACAGCUACGAGGCGGAGGGUAUCUCAGCCAUACCCUUGGAUCGGCAGAAUAAUUACUGGCAAGCUACCAUACUGGGUCCACCGGGUAGUCCCUAUGAAGGUGGCAAAUUCUUUCUGUUUAUCUACUUUCCGGAGCGUUAUCCCAUGGCUCCGCCUACAGUCCGCUUUCUGACCAAAAUUCUACACCCGAAUGUGUCGCGUCAUGGUGAUGUAGGCAUUGAUAUAUUCCAGCAACAGAAUUGGUCGCUGGCACUAAACGUGGCUAAAGUACUGCUCUCUGUGCAGAGUUUGCUCACCGAUGCCUACACUGAGGUUUGCAUGGAACCUGUUUUGGGUUAUAUGUACGAGCAUGAGCCUCAGCGCUAUGAGCAGUUGGUGCGGGCCUGGACCUGGAAGUAUGCCAUGCUAGAGCUCAUGUCACCGCACUGAAAGACACAUUUUUUAAGUUUUUGUAUAUGAUUUUUGUUCUGUUUAGUAUUUUAGCUUAGCUCUGCCGUUGGGCCUUACUUAUCUCACGCUAUAUAUAGUUGAAAAUAAAACUUAAUACAUAA